AUGCAGGUCCUGACGAUUAGUCUUCUAUCAGCCCUCUUAAUUCUCCCUGCCAUUCGCCUUUUACCUUCAGCGACAGGUCAUGGGCCCCUCCGAAACGAUCUCCUGAGCCUUGCCUCGACUGUAGCCUCUGCCGACUUUGACUUCAAUCGCGUCAUACCCCUCCUAAGAUCAGCCCUUGUCGAAGAACCCAACGAUGUCACGAUAUGGGAUGAACUCUACAGCGCCGUUACCGAAUCCACCCCGCCUUCUUCAGAGAUAGCUUCUUCCAUCCAACAGCUGCGCAAUACCAGCAGCUUCGCAAACUCGUCCGAACAUCGCAAAUACGUCGACGAUGUGUUAAAAGAGGAGCUUGGCGCUAUAGAUGUCGGGCUCCCCAAUUUUCACAACACAUAUUUUGGGAGCGUGGCCGAUCUUGAGACAACAUCUCAAGCGUUCUUUAGCCACUGCCUCGUGGGUAGCGAGCCCUUCUUCAAAGACGGCUGGAGAGGAUGGCCCAAAGAUGCGAAACAGGACGAUGUGUUGAGCUGGUUUGCCGACUUCAACGACAAAUUAAUGUCAUUUGCGGCCGACCGAAAGUCAAACCCAAUAAAUCGAUAUCGACGACCGCUGGCAAAGCCUAACGAGUUGAUUGGCGGCUCUGUGGGUAUACGAAAAAUGGACAUUGGGUUUAUGAGAGAUCCACAAGCUGGAAAAGAUUCGAGGUGUCACUGGUCCCAGAUCCUCGUGCCAGGAGAGCUUAAGAGUAACCCUUCCGCCGAUAAAGCUUUAGAGGCCUGGCUAGAUCUUGGGAGGUAUGCAAGGGAAGUUCUUGCUGCACAGGACACUCGUCGCUUCGUCUUGGGCUUUACUCUCUGUGGGUCCCUCAUGAGGGUUUGGCUGUUUGAUCGUCUCGGCGGUAUUGCGUCCGAACAGUUCAAUAUCAAUGAGGAUGGGCUUAGAUUCGUUUUCACAAUCCUCGGCUUUCUAUGGAUGGAUGACGAAGAACUUGGAUUUGAUCCAACAAUCGUUCAAAAAGAUGGGGAAAAAUUCAUCGAGAUCAGUCAGAAUGGCUCGAGCAAACGGAUUAUCAUCGAUGAAGUGGUGCAGCGGGCUCCUUGCAUAGCCGGUCGAGCAACGACAUGUUGGAAGGCUCACCCCGAAAACGAACCGAAUGUGCUACUUGUCAUCAAAGACUCAUGGCAAUAUCUAGAGCGCGACGAGGAAGGCGACCUGUUACGUGAAGCAACACAAAAAGGCGUCAUAAAUGUGGCCCGGUAUUAUCACCAUGAGGUAGUCCAGGUACGGGGAUUAGACGACGAUGUUCAAAGCAGUAUCAGGCGUGGUCUGGAUACUAGACCAGCUGCCGCCACCGGCACAAUAUCAAACAGAGUACACCGGCGCGUUAUCCUCAGAGAUUACGGAACUCCUAUCUACAGGGCAAGCUCCCGAUUAGCUCUCCUUGCUGCCUUCGAUCACUGCAUUGAAGGGCAUGAAUCUUUGCACAAAGCAGGCUUCCUACACAGAGAUAUUUCGGUCAACAAUCUCAUGAUAAACGAGGAUGAAAAUAACCCCUCGUGGCCUUCCUUUCUAAUUGACCUCGACCUAGCUAUAAGAGAGCCACGGGACGCUGUCUCGGGAGCAAAAGGCAAAACUGGAACAAGAGCUUUCAUGUCGAUCGGGGUGUUAUUAGACGAGCAACAUUCCUUCAUGCACGAUCUUGAGUCAUUCUUCUGGGUUCUAUUCUGGAUAUGCAUCCACUAUGACGGACCAGACAAAUCUAGAUCUGUUCAAAGUUUUGAUAACUGGAAUUUUAUUGAUACACAGGAACUGGCAUGGUCUAAAAAGGGCACCGUUAGUAACGAACGCGAUUUCCUCAGGAUUAUGAACAACAACUUUACGCCAUAUUACCAACCUCUGAUGCCAUGGAUCAACAGACUUCGCAGGGUAGUAUUUCCUAAUGGCAAUAGAUGGCACAGGCAGGAUAGUGAACUUUAUACCUGGAUGAGGGAGGUCUUGCAAGAAGCGCAAAGAUCCUUGGAAGCAUAA